CACACCAUACACCCAACACCCCGAAACUCUGCAGCGAGAUGUGCUCGGAUGGAGAACGCGCGGCGCUGGGCAGCUCAGGAAACGGCAAACUGCGCCAGUGGCUCAUCGAGCAGGUGGAUACUGGGAAAUACCCAGGUCUUGUGUGGGAGAACGAAGAGAAGAGUGUGUUCCGGAUUCCGUGGAAGCACGCGGGGAAACAGGACUACAACCGGGACGAGGACGCAGCCCUCUUCAAGGCUUGGGCGCUGUUCAAAGGCAAAUACCGGGAGGGCAUCGACAAACCGGACCCACCCACGUGGAAAACGCGCCUCCGGUGCGCGCUUAACAAGAGCAACGACUUCGAGGAGCUGCUGGAUCGCAGUCAGCUCGACAUUUCAGACCCUUAUAAAGUUUAUCGGAUCGUUCCCGAGGGCGCCAAAAAAGCCUCCAGAUCUCUAGAGGAUACGACAUCAAACCCAAGCCCUCCUGGUUAUCCACUACACACUCCCUUUGCGCCCCUCCAGAGCCAGGUCUGCAGUUUCAUUUCUCCUGCAGAGAGAAGUUGGAGGGAUUAUCUCUCAGAAAAGCCUCCUAUGCCGGACAUCCCUUACAACCAAAAUCCAUACACCUCUCGGUGGGAUACAGGAUAUCAGUUCAGUGGUUCCUUCUACAGCUGCAGUGCCUCAGAGUCUCUGCCAUCUGCCUUUACAUUAGAUGCCAGCAUGAAGUCCGCAGAGGCCAUGGCCCUCUCAGAUCACCGGCUCCAUGUGACGGUAUAUUACCGGGAUGCCCUUGUACGGGAGGUAACCGUGAGCAGUCUAGAAGGUUGUGUUCUGGGUGUGAGCAAAGAUGAUUUGCCAUAUGGAGCCUCUCAAGGUCCGGAGCUUGUAGAGCUUCCACAGAUUGAACACAGCUCUCUGGAACAUGGUGUUCUGCUGUGGAUGGCAUCAGAUGGGUUGUAUGCUCGCCGCUGUUGCCCCUGCAGAGUGUACUGGGAGGGAGGGCACACUUCACCCAACAACAAAUCCAACAAACUACAGAGGGAUCAGACCUGCAAACUGCUGGACACUCAGCAAUUCAUCACAGAGUUACAGAGCUAUACUCGGCACAUACGUCCUCCACCCAUGUCCCAGGUGCUUCUUUUCUUUGAGGAAGAGGACACCGAGCCACAGAGACCAGGAAGGACCCUUACUGUCCAGGUGGAGCCUCUGUUCGCUCGCCAGCUUCUCUACUUCACCCACCCGAGCAGCAUGAACUACAUCCGCAGCCACAACCUUUCACCUCUGAGCCCGGAGCACACAAUUCCAAGUCAGGACUACCACAGAAUCAUCAGCCAUCACCACAGCAACAGCCUGUAAAAUUUAGCAUCGCCUGGGAAAGCUAGUAUUUGGCACGUCAAACUGAAGCACAGACGAACAUGGACGCAACAAAUGCACCAUCAUUACUCAUGCAUGAUGCAGAGUAUCGACCUUACCAAAUGUUUUCUCCGAACACACUCAAGCAGGACUUGUGUUUGCAGAAUGGACAAAAAAAAAAAAUUGCACUUUGCAUAUGUCUGAUGAGUUCUUCGCAUUCUUUUUAUUAUAGGUUUAUAGCUCUUAUCAUCUCAGGGAA